AUGGCUUCAUCCCUCCAUAUCACCUUGCCCAAUGGGCUUGAGUAUUCUCAGCCAACCGGACUUUUCAUCGAUAAUGAGUUCAUGGAAGCAUCUGGAGAUGCGCUCACGGUCAUCAAUCCCGCCACCGAGGAAGACAUCGCUACUUUCACAGGGGCGUCCGGUAACGAUGUCAAUGCUGCUGUUGCUGCUGCUCGGCGGGCCUUUGAGGGUCCGUGGUCGGAGCUCCCGGCCGCUGAACGUGGGAAUCUCCUCAUGAAACUUGCGAGUCUCAUUGACCGGGAUCGUGAGCUUCUUGCGAGCAUUGACGCGAUGGACAAUGGCAAGACAUUUUCUGCAGCUCUCAACGUAGACAUCGCUGCCUCACACAACGUCUUCAAAUAUUAUGCUGGCGCAGCAGACAAACUCAGCGGGAGCACGGUUGAAACGUAUCCUUCCAAGUUUGCGUAUGUACUGCGUGAGCCUCUUGGCGUCUGCGGACAGAUUAUUCCAUGGUAUCUUGCCGGCACUGCCAUCUGGAAUAUGCAUGCUAAGAGAUGUAGGAAUUUCCCCUUCAUGAUGUUGGCCUGGAAGGUCGCCCCUGCUCUUGCUUGUGGCAACACAAUCGUCCUGAAGCCCGCCGAACAGACGCCCCUCUCUGCUCUGUAUUUCGGCAAGCUAGUUGUUGAAGCUGGGUUCCCUCCUGGCGUUGUGAAUAUCGUGCCUGGUCUCGGAAGCGUUACCGGAAAAGCUCUCGCAGAGCAUAUGGAUGUUGACAAGAUCGCCUUUACAGGGAGUACCACCACUGGAAGAGCAAUCAUGCGCUCUGCUGCGUCUAACCUGAAGAACAUCACCCUCGAGUGUGGUGGGAAGAACCCCAGCAUCGUCUUUGACGAUGCAGACCUAGAUCAAGCUGUGAAAUGGUGCCACGUGGGCAUCAUGGAUAAUCAAGGACAGACUUGUAUCUCGACCUCGAGGAUUUAUGUCCAAGAAGGUGUCUACGAUCGCUUUGUUGAAAAGUUUGCCGAGGUCACGCGAAAGCAUCACCUCCUUGGGGACCCCUUUGAUCCAAACACCUGGCAGGGACCGCAGAUCUCCAAGGCACAGUAUGAGAAGGUGCUAUCGUACAUUGAAGAGGGAAAGAAGAGCGGUGCCCGCCUCGUCUACGGUGGUGCCACACAUGGACAGAAGGGGUAUUUUAUCGAACCCACCGCUUUUGCUGAUACGACUGAGGAUAUGAAGAUUGUUCAGGAAGAGAUUUUCGGCCCUGUUGUCGCCAUCUCCAAGUUCAAGACCUUCGAUGAGGUCCUGGUCAAGGCGAACAACAGCUGUUACGGACUUUCUGCAGCAGUCUUCACGGAAAACAUCACCAAGGGGCACCAAAUGGCGAGAAGGCUACAGGCUGGCAUGGUCUUCUUGAAUUCUUCGGGCGAUACACACUAUGGGGUUCCCUUUGGGGGGUAUAAAUCCUCUGGCAUUGGCCGGGAACUCGGACAGUACGCCCUCGAUGCAUACACGCAGACGAAGGCGGUGCAUGUGAAUUUGGGAAAUUGA